AAGUGACCGUCUAUCGCGGUAUUUCUCUGUUUCCAGAAUCCUUAGCGCGAGGCGGAAAAAUACUCAUUUAUCCCCAGCUUCUGUUGAUUAGCUCAUUUUCACUGCGGCCUCUUCUCUUCGCUUUCCGUGUUGCAGUUUCUCUGAGGGAAAUGGCGGCUCCCGAGCAGCCUCUACCGCCGAUGGCAAGAGGAUGUCAGAGCUCUGCUUCACUCUCUCCGUCACGGGGCGACCGAACCCUUCUUGUGAGGCACCUGCCAGCCGAGCUGACUGCUGAGGAGAAAGAGGAUUUGCUGAAAUAUUUCGGGGCGCAGUCGGUGCGCGUCCUGUCAGAUAAGGGACGACUGAAACAUACAGCUUUUGCUACUUUUCCUAGUGAAAAAGCAGCUAUAAAGGCAUUGACAAGACUACAUCAGCUGAAACUUUUGGGUCAUACUUUAGUUGUUGAAUUUGCAAAAGAACAAGAUCGAGUUCAUUCCCCAUGUCCCUCUUCAGACCCUGAAAAAAAGAAAAGAUCUGAUGAUCCUGUGGAAGAUGAUAAAGAAAAGAAAGAACUUGGUUGUUUAACCAUAGAAAAUGGGAUUGCACCAAACCAUGGGCUGACUUUUCCCCUGAAUUCAUGUCUCAAGUAUAUGUACCCACCACCUUCAAGCACAAUCCUAGCAAACAUAGUAAAUGCUUUGGCAAGUGUGCCUAAGUUCUAUGUACAGGUUCUUCAUCUUAUGAAUAAAAUGAAUUUGCCCACACCUUUUGGACCAAUUACUGCGCGACCUCCCAUGUAUGAAGACUAUAUGCCAUUACAUGCACCUCUUCCACCUGCAUCUCCUCAGCCACCAGAGGAACCUCCUUUGCCAGAUGAGGAGGAGGAAUUAUCAAGUAAAGAAUCAGAAUAUGAAAGUAGUGAUGAUGAAGACCGACAGAGAAUGACCAAACUAAUGGAACUAGCAAAUCUUCAGCCCAAAAGACCAAAAACAAUAAAGCAGCACCAUGUUAGAAAAAAGCAAAAAAUAAAGGAUAUGUUGAAAACACCAUCUACUGCACACAGCAGUUUACAUCCAGUGUUGUUACCUUCGGAUGUAUUUGACCAACCACAACCUGUAGGUAAUAAGAAAAUUGAAUUUCAUAUAUCUACUGACAUGCCAUCUGCAUUUAAGAAAGAUCUAGAAAAAGAACAAAAUUGUGAAGAACAAAAUUAUGAUUUACCUGCUACUGAGGGUGAUGCACCCAAUGUAGGAUUUGGAAAAAUCUUCCCCAAACCUAAUUUGAACAUCACAGAGGAGAUUAAAGAAGACUGUGAUGAAAUGCCAUCAGAGUGUAUUUCUAGAAGGGAGUUGGAAAAAGGCAGAAUUUCUAGAGAAGAAAUGGAAACACUUUCAGUUUUCAGAAGUUAUGAACCUGGUGAACCAAACUGUAGAAUUUACGUAAAGAAUUUAGCUAAACAUGUUCAAGAAAAGGACCUUAAGUUUAUUUUUGGGAGAUACGUUGACUUUUCUUCAGAAACACAACGGAUAAUGUUUGAUAUACGUUUGAUGAAAGAAGGUCGCAUGAAAGGACAAGCUUUCAUUGGACUUCCAAAUGAAAAAGCAGCAGCAAAAGCCUUAAAGGAAGCUAAUGGAUAUGUUCUUUUUGGAAAACCUAUGGUGGUUCAAUUUGCUCGAUCUGCUAGACCAAAACAAGAUUCUAAAGAAGGAAAAAGAAAGUGUUAAAAAUUAAUAAAGAAGCAUUCCUGCGUAAAUACUGCUGUAAUACUGUCAUACAAAGUGAAUAAGAAAAGAGGAACAGAGAGGAGAAGACAUAAUGUUGACUCAGGGUAGCACAUUAAGUGAAAAGAAACAAUACUGGUAGGUAUACAUAAUAACAAUGGUUUCCAGACUAGUUGUUGACUGGUAUUACCCAAAACAGUGGUUUUUAAUCCUGGCCACAUUUUGGAAUCACCUGAGAAACUUUUCAAAAAUACUGAUAAAGAAAAAAGAAAAAAACCCUGAAAAAUAACACUAUUGCUUAGGUUUCUCUCCAUUUUGAUUUAAUUGGUCUGGCGUACAACAUAGAUACUGGAAUUUUUCAACCCUCCUAAUGUGUGACCAAGGUUGAGAACCACUGAGGAAGGAUUUUUACAUAUAAAGGUUCCUGGGCUUUCUCCUAAAACUAAUAAAUCAGAAUUUCUGUGAAUGAGACCAAGAAUCUAAUUCGAAAAGGUUCCUUCAGUAGUUACAAGGGCUGACCAGUUUAGAUACUGCUUAGAUUAGAAUGGUUAGAUGCGUAGCCAUCCAACCUUCUACAAGUAGGAAAAUCAAGAAUUAGAGCCUCUACAUUUCUUGCAAAUCCUGCUAUUACUAGUACUAUGAAAAUAAUUCAAAAUUCUGUUAAUAAAUUAUCACUCUAAGAGUAUGAAAAUUUGCAGAUGUUGAAAUUGCUAUUUUUUAAUAGAGACAGUUAAAAUGUUUUAUUUUCUAAUGUUAUAAAUCCAUUUCCAUAUAAGCUGUUUAUGUUGACAAUCAAAAAUUUGUAGUACUGACAUGAUUCACUAAUUUUCUAAAUAUAAAUGUUUUAGCUUUUAGUUAUUUUAAAACAAUUGAAAUGUUUUAUAAUCAUUAUUUUUAAUGAAUUCUUAUGGUGUUUUAGGUUCCUUUUGCUUCCAUGUCUUCCAACUGCUUUCCAACUUUGAGGAGAAGAAAUUGACACCUGGACUAUGGAACUAAAGAAAAAGGACUCAUGCCGCUUGUUCCACCGGACCUUGCAGACAGAUUGCAGGAGGUUGACAUGGUAAGAAAUCUUACCUUUUGCCAGCUGUCUCAGAUGUGCCAGGAUUUCUCAACUACAGCAAUCUCAGGGUGAGCAAUAUUUAGCCAGUUAAAGUUUAUCCUGCCAACUAGCCAACUGUUGGGGAGGAAAAAAUUUCCUUCAAGAUUCUUCUAACUGGUCUAAGAAUUAAGCUGACAUGAAACAAAUUCAUAGUAGGAAAAAAACAAAUUUUAAUUAAUGGAGGCCCAAUAAUAACAUGAAGUCUUAAAUAUUCAAGUUUUAUGCUUCUGUACAUUUUAUGCAGAUGUUGCCAGGUGAACUGGGGAGACCCAGGGAGAUUCCAGGCCAGGGGGGGCCUCAACCUAGCUGAAGGAGUUGUCAAGAGCUGUCUGUCUUGUCUUGAAAAAACUCAAGGACAGGCACACAACACAGUGGAUGAGCGACAUAAGCAGGAAAGUUUAUUAAACUGAAAAGUAUACUCUGGAGAUAUGAGAGCAAGUGAGCUCAAGAGAGAGCUGUGUGCCUUAGGGGUUGGGUUUCUAACUUUUACUGACAGUUGUUAACUAGGGGGUGGAAUAUUUAUUACUUGGGGCAGGAAGCAGGCUUUUAUACUUUUUCUUACUAAUUUGGUCUGGGGUUUCCUGUCAUGGCAUCUGCCAUCUUGGGCCUGUCAGGUUUGAUCCAGAUUCUUGUGGACUGCUACCAGGACAGGCCUCUCUCUGACGUU